UGCUUACAACGUUAUCUGUGCUUAUUAUCGAAGGAGGAAUAAAUCGUACGCGAAUAAAUGCGAAUUGUUAUAAUCUAAGGUGAGAGUAUUUGUCUCAAGUAGAAAAGAAAUCUGAGAUAGCUGACUUUAACCGAUUCGACGCGGGUAACCGCUAACGAGAACGAUACUGAAGAUUCUCCAAAAUAUUAUGGAUGACGAGCUCGAAGACCGAGUCCUGUAUCAGACUUAUUUGUCACACAUGAAGCUCGUGUCCAGAUUUACUGUGGGAAUUUCCACUGGAUUAAACAUUGGGAUUAAUACUCCGUUAGGCUAUCUUUAUAAAAUUAUGCGACUCUAUGCUUUAAAGCCAGAAGUGUUGAUCUGCGGUAUGAUGCUGGCAAUUAUUUUGUUCUACAUACAAGCCUUAGAUGUUUGGAGCAGAGCACUUCUGGGAAGAAUUCAAUAUACUCUGGGACGCACUACUUCUAAGGUGACUAAGUUACAAUUUUUAGUCAAUGAUUCAUCGAAUAAUGGAAUAAAACUUAGCUGGGAGUUAAAACACGAUCAUGUUGCAGCGUAUGCUGUACAAGGGCAUAGAGCUCGAAUGGAAGACCGCUUCGUAGUGAAUGAAGAUACGAAUAAUACGGGAGUUUCCUUGUUUGCAAUAUUCGAUGGACAUGGUGGAGAGUUUGCAGCCAACUACGCUCGAGACAAACUUAUUUCUAAUAUCAACAAAAAAGUUAUUGAACUGAAGAAUAUACUGGCUGGUAAAACACCUACACAUGAGAACGAGCUAACCACAAAUGAAGUGAGAAAAAAAGGUGAUAAUAAGGCAGAUGAAAAAACUGUGGAGAGAAGAAAAUCCUUUCGGAAAGUCGUAAGCGCUUCUCUGACGGAUGAUUGCAUGAAGAAAGCCGUCGAAGUAACUGAUCCAGAAUUACUCGAUAAGCUGGACAGCAUAUCCCCUAUUACAAGAGAGAUUAGGCCAUGCAGACCAGGUGAGAAACAAGCGCCCAAAGUAGAUAUGAUAAACUACUUAGAAGGAGACAAAAUCAAUUACAGCCGACUCCUAACUGAUGAAGUUUUAGCAGUGGAUAGAUUAUUAGUGGAAGCAGCUAAAAAAAAUAUGGAUGUUGCAGGUACGACUGCUUUGAUUGCUCUUUUGGAAGACAAUAAGUUAAUCGUGGCAAAUGUUGGAGAUUCUAGAGGAGUAAUGUGUGAUGGAAAGGGCAAUGCGAUUCCCUUGUCUUUUGACCACAAACCUCAACAGGAAAGAGAAAGAAAGAGAAUAAAUAAAGCUGGUGGUUUAGUGACUUUUAAUGGUGUAUGGAGAGUUGCUGGCAUAUUGGCUACUUCUCGUGCUCUGGGAGAUUAUCCUCUGAAGGAUAAAAAGCUAGUGAUCGCCGAUCCAGACAUUCUAACGUUUGAUCUAAAUGAUCAUAACCCUAUGUUUAUAAUAUUGGCAUCCGAUGGUUUGUGGGACACGUUCUCAAACGAGGAGGCUGUAGCUUUCAUCAAAGAGCGUAUGGACGAGCCACAUUUUGGUGCAAAAAGUAUCACAUUACAAAGUUUUUACAGAGGAUCUGCCGAUAACAUUACAGUCGUCGUGAUUAAUUUGAAGGAUCGCAAAUACAGCUCAUCGGAGGCCAAGAAGAACUAGUUAUGAAAAACUCUGCCGCCUACUUUUUCAUCUUGAAGUUCCAAAGGUCUAGUCAUAAAAUUAAUACAUCUUUAUUGUUGUUACCACAUAAAUUUAUAUAUAUAUAUAUAUAUAUAUAUAUCAAGCAUGCUUGAUGUACAGCAUGUUCUUGAUCGCAGGUUUUGCUUUGACAGUGCAAGUGUGAUAUUAAAGCUAAAAUUAAAACUAAUAGAUUAUUGUUGCAUUCGAUUGUAAAAAUUCACAAAUCAGAAAUCAAGCAUUAAUUGUUAUAUUUAUGAAUAUAUAUUUAUAUAAGUAAU